AUGGCGCCGACGAAACGCGGGAGGCCAUCAGCCUACGUGCCAGAGGACGACGCGGACAUUGAUGAGGAGCACGCAGCGACUGAUUCUGAGAAGAUUGAAGACACCAAGCCGCUUGUCAAGCGUUCUUCAUGCGCGGCAGAGGCCGAGGAGGCCAGCCCCGACAAUAGCCUCCUGGACGCCCAGAUUGAGAAAAUGAGAAUACACUGCGUGGAGAACAACAUCAAGCAGCCCUCCAUGGCAAUCUUGAAUGAGUACCUGCACAAUGCGUCCCUGAAGUCGGGGGCUCGGCAAAAGCUCAAGGCAGCUCGCGGGAAGAAGGACAUGUCGGUUCAGGAGGCUUGGACUGCUCUGUGCGAAUCGAAUUCUGGCAAGAAGACGGACAUCAAAAACGACAUCCUGUUCGCCUUCGUGCGGGGCGACGCGACGUGGGCCGAGCGCCUCGGGAAGCAGGUCCCCGCUUUUUCGAAGGAAGAGAAGCGCGAGGUGAAGCAGCAGGAGUUCACCGGGGCGGAAUUGGGGCGCAUCCACGGAUACGAGGAAACGGAAGCCUUCAUUGCGAAAGUAAAACUCGUGGCAUUCCAGGACUCCUGGGGAGAUACAGUAUACAUCAAGUCGACCAGGUCUCGCACCAAGAGCAUGUCUUUGAAGAAGGACAAGUUCAACGAGAGGUCGCGCCGCGUCGACGACGGCAACCACGCCCAGAGCGCCGAGGCCGCCGAGACGCUCUUCAACUCCAGCGCAGCUUCUUUCUUCGGCGCCCAGCUGAAGAUGAUCAAGGGCGGUGGCAAGAAGCACAAGGGCAAGGAGCAGACCUGUGAGCAGAAAGUGACGGCAAUGGCGAACAAGACUGGCAACCUGAUCGCGAAGUUGACGACAGCGCAGAUCGCGCGCGGCAAGGACCCGAUGGCUAAGGCUGUGAGCGCCUCUCUCAAGGCAGCCAUUGACGACCUAGCGAAGACCAACAAGGCCAACAUGAUGCUCACGGCGGGAGCACCCGCUACUGAUGCCAACAAGGCGGCGGGGCUGUUCAAUCCAAACACCGAGAAAGCGAAGACCUUGCUUGCCAAGGCCAAGUCGUUCACCACGUAG